AUGGAGUAUCCGCGCAUCAUAGCCCCUGGCGCUGUCCAUCGAAGCCGCACCGAGAAUCAGCAGCCCGAUGUGAACAAAGGUCUUGACAAGGCCAGUUUCGAUCUGAAAAACAGCAUUGUUAGGCUGCAAUGUGACUUUGGCGAAGGACGGACAUAUGGCACGGGGUUCUUUGUCAACUUUCCUUGCAGCACGUACGAUGUCAUCUUGACUGCCGCCCAUAACCUCAUCAAUAAUCAGAAAGUUACGGUCCAGAGCUUGAAAGUCUUCUGUGCAAAGUCCGAGAAGAAUACGAAAAAUACCGGAGAAGGGGCUGAAAAGGAGGAAACGAAGCCUGAGGAGGUUGCUGGAUUCAAAAUCUGCCCCCAAUAUAUCGAAAUUCUCGAGACCAAGCCCAAUGCCCCAGAUAAGGGCUCUUAUGACUAUGGCAUCAUCUUGCUAGCGAAGGAUAAGACCAAAGAAAGCAAUAGGCAGGGCUUGGGGUUGAAUCUUGGGCUCAGCUCUUCUUUCAACUUGCAAGGCUCAAAAUUUGCCAACGUCAGUGGCUAUGGAGGAAACGUUUCAAGUUCUCCGCUGCAACACAGCUCCGGUUCAAUCAAGUCAAGUGGGAAACAAUGUGUCGAAUACAAAGCACCGACAGAACAAGGCAUGAGCGGAUCACCGGUCUGGAUUCCCUACGGCGGACAUCCAAUGGUAGUGGGUAUACACAAUAUGAGGCCGAAAAUAAAGACUGGCGGAAGCAGAGGCACAAAGAUUACCGAAGAUGUCUUUCGCACCAUAUGCGCGUGGUUAGGCAUAGGCUUCUUUGGCAAGCGUCUUUGCGCCAUUGGAAAGAAAAACAAGCCACACAACACGUAUCUUUCUUUUUUCCAGCACAGUGAUUUCGCCAAGGUGUUUCUAGGGUCAUCAGAAGAGGCCACAAAUCAGGAUAAUGUGACGUUUGACAUCAUGCCAACGACUAUCUUCCCAAGAUGGACGGGGAGACAGGUGCUCUAUGCGUUCAAAUUUCAUAGGCCACCAGCUUGGAGUGAAGAGAAAAAGUGUUGGGUUGAGUGGCAGCCAAAACAGCAACGGGCUAUACUAGUAGACACUUUGAAAGACGUCAACCUUGUCAGACUGGAUGAAAAGAUGCUCAAAACUGGUAAAAAGCGACUUCUUGUGCUUAUACCUGCACCGGGAGAUCCAAGCAGAAUGCAGGAGUUGAGGUUGUAUGACGAUGAUCGGGAUGAGGAUGACAUUGAGGACGGAAUGACUGAGUUUGCGGGUGUAUCGUUUGGACAAUGGGGGGAUAGGGCGGACAUGAUUGGAAGUCGACUGUUUGUGAUUGAGUAG